GUCAGUCACGGCGCCGGCGCCCGCGGGCCGUGCGGGAACUUCCUCGUUAUUGUGACGCGGCCGCGGCUCUGCACGGUCCCGCGAGCUCGGCGCGGCGCAGGCUACAUGACGCCCUGAAGCCGAGGACAAUGCUAUGUUGGGGAUACUGGUCUCUGGGCCAGCCCGGGAUCGGCAGCGACCUGCAGGGCAUCGUGGCCGAGCCCCAGGUGUGCGGCUUCGUCUCGGACCGGAGCGUGAAGGAGGUGGCGUGCGGGGGGAACCACUCCGUGUUCCUGCUGGAGGACGGGGGCGUCUACACCUGCGGCCUCAACACCAAGGGCCAGCUGGGCCACGAGCGGGAAGGAAACAAGCCCGAGCGAAUCGGAGCCUUGGCGGAUGAGCGCAUCGUGCAUGUGGCCUGUGGCGAGUCCCACAGUCUCGCCCUCAGUGACCGGGGGCAGCUCUUCUCCUGGGGUGCGGGCAGUGACGGCCAGCUCGGGCUCGUGACCGUUGAGGACUCAGUGGCGGUGCCCAGGUUAAUACAGAAGCUGAACCAGCAGACGAUCUUGCAAGUCUCCUGUGGCAACUGGCAUUGCUUGGCUCUUGCGGCUGAUGGUCAGUUCUUCACGUGGGGCAGGAACAGUCAUGGGCAGCUGGGCCUGGGGCGGGAGUUCCCGUCGCAGGCCAGUCCGCAGCGCGUGCGGUCCCUGGAGGGCAUCCCCCUGGCCCAGGUGGCGGCGGGUGGUGCGCACAGCUUCGCCCUCUCCCUCUCCGGCGCCGUCUUCGGCUGGGGCAUGAACAACGCCGGGCAGCUGGGCCUCAGCGACGAUGAAGAUCGAGAGUCUCCUUGCCAUGUGAAGCUCUUACGAACGCAAAAAGUUGUUUAUAUUAGCUGUGGAGAAGAACACACAGCUGUCCUCACGAAAAGCGGGGGCGUGUUCACCUUCGGAGCCGGUUCCUGCGGGCAGCUGGGCCACGACUCCAUGAACGACGAGGUCAACCCGAGGAGGGUGCUAGAGCUGAUGGGCAGCGAGGUCACCCAGAUCGCUUGCGGCAGGCAGCACACCCUCGCCUUCGUGCCUUCUUCCGGACUUAUCUACGCCUUCGGCUGCGGAGCCAGAGGUCAGCUGGGGACUGGACGCACGUGUAAUGUGCAGUGUCCGUCCCCGGUGAAGGGGCACUGGGCCGCCCACAGCGGGCAGCUCUCGGCCAGCGCAGAUCGCUUUAAGUACCAUAUUGUGAAGCAGAUCUUCUCUGGGGGAGACCAGACUUUCGUGCUUUGCUCCAAAUACGAGAAUGCCUGUCCGGCCGUGGACUUCAGGACCCUGAACCAGGCUCACUACACCAGUCUCAUCAACGACGAGACCAUCGCCGUCUGGAGGCAGAAGCUGGCUGAGCACGGCAGCUCCAACACCAUCAAUGGUGUAGUUCAGAUAUUAUCCUCUGCAGCCUGCUGGAAUGGAAGUUUCCUGGAAAAAAAAAUUGAUGAGCAUUUUAAAACCAGCCCCAGAACCCCCGGGAUUGACCUGAACUCAACGAGAAUAUUGUUUGAGAAGUUAAUGAGCUCCCAGCACUCCAUGAUUCUAGAACAGAUCCUCAACAGCUUUGAGAGCUGCCUGAUUCCUCAGUUGUCCAGUUCCCCGCCGGACGUCGAGGCCAUGAGAAUCUACUUGAUACUCCCCGAGUUUCCCUUGCUCCAGGACUCCAAGUACUACAUCACACUGACCAUCCCCCUGGCCAUGGCCAUCCUGCGGCUAGACGCGAACCCCAGCAAAGUCUUGGAUAACUGGUGGUCGCAGGCGUGCCCAGAGUAUUUCAUGAAGCUGGUGAACCUCUAUAGAGGAGCAGUCGUUUACCUGCUGCGGGGAAGAAAGACGUUCCUAAUUCCUGUCCUGUUUAACAAUUACAUCACAGCUGCUCUGAAGCUCUUGGAGAAGUUAUACAAGGUCAAUCUCAAAGUUAAGCACGUGGAAUAUGACACAUUUUACAUUCCUGAGAUCUCCAGUCUCGUGGACAUUCAAGAAGACUACCUCAUGUGGUUCCUGCAUCAGGCUGGCAUGAAGGCCAGGCCGUCUAUAAUACAGGAUGCCGUGACCCUCUGUUCCUACCCCUUCAUCUUCGACGCCCAGGCCAAGACGAAGAUGCUGCAGAGUGACGCGGAGCUCCAGAUGCAGGUGGCAGUGAAUGGGGCCAACCUGCAGAAUGUCUUCAUGCUCCUCACGCUGGAGCCUCUGCUGGCCAGAAGCCCAUUCCUGGUCCUCCAUGUCCGCCGGGACAACCUCGUGGGCGACGCCCUGCGGGAGCUGAGCAUCCACUCAGACAUCGACCUGAAGAAGCCCCUCAAGGUAAUCUUUGACGGCGAGGAAGCGGUGGACGCCGGGGGGGUCACCAAGGAGUUCUUCCUCCUGCUGCUGAAGGAGCUGCUGAACCCCAUCUAUGGCAUGUUCACCUACUACCAGGACUCGAAUCUCUUGUGGUUUUCAGAUACGUGUUUUGUAGAGCACAACUGGUUCCACCUGAUCGGCAUCACCUGCGGGCUGGCCAUCUACAACUCCACCGUGGUGGACCUGCACUUCCCCCUGGCCCUCUACAAGAAGCUGCUCAACGUCCCGCCUGGCCUGGAAGACUUGAAGGAGCUGUCCCCCACCGAGGGGAGGAGUCUUCAAGAACUUCUAGAUUACCCCGGGGAGGACAUCGAGGACACCUUCUGCCUCACCUUCACGAUCUGCCGAGAGAGCUACGGCGUGGCCGAGCAGAAGAAGCUGAUCCCUGGGGGAGACCGGGUGACCGUGUGCAAAGAGAACAGGCAGGAAUUUGUGGAUGCCUACGUGAACUACGUCUUCCAGAUCUCAGUGCACGAGUGGUACUCGGCUUUCUCCAGCGGCUUCCUGAAGGUGUGCGGUGGCAAAGUGCUCGAGCUCUUCCAGCCGUCGGAACUGCGGGCCAUGAUGGUGGGGAACUGCAACUAUGACUGGAAGGAGCUGGAGGCGACGGCUGUCUAUAAGGGGGAUUACUCAGCCGCACAUCCCACUGUGAAACUCUUUUGGGAAACGUUUCACGAGUUUCCAUUGGAAAAAAAGAAGAAGUUUCUCUUGUUCCUGACUGGCAGUGACCGCAUCCCCAUCUACGGCAUGGCCAGCUUGCAAAUCGUCAUCCAGCCCACGGCCAGUGGAGAGGACUACCUGCCCGUGGCCCACACUUGCUACAACCUGCUGGACCUGCCCAAGUACAGCAGCAAAGAGACGCUGUGCGCGCGGCUGACCCAGGCGCUGGACAACUACGAGGGCUUCAGCCUGGCCUGAGCUGCCCG